GGGCCGGGAGCGGCGGGGCCGGGGCGGAACGGGGGGAACCGGGAGCGCUGUGAGGGACAGACUGACAGACCCGGAACGGGGGGAACCGGGAGCGCUGUGAGGGACAGACUGACAGACCCGGAACGGGGGGAACCGGGAGCGCUGUGAGGGACAGACUGACAGACCCGGAACGGGGGGAACCGGGAGCGCUGUGAGGGACAGACUGACAGACCCGGAACGGGGGGAACCGGGAGCGCUGUGAGGGACAGACUGACAGACCCGGAACGGGGGUCACGGGAGCGCUGUGAGGGACAGACUGACAGACCCGAAACGGGGGUCCCGGGGCCUCGGAGCCCUGCGAGGGACUGACAGACCGACCAGGAACGGGGGCGACCGAGCGUGCGACAGACCGCUGCGCAGGCUUGGCGUAAACAACACUAAGGAGAGAAAAUGACCCACUGGUUCCACCGCAACCCUUUGAAGGCUACAGCUCCUGUUUCAUUUAAUUAUUACGGGGUAGCCACCACUCCAGCUGCAGCAAAGGUUUGCAAUGAUUUGAGAUUAUCCCGAACACGACUCUUGGAGCUGUUUACAGACUCCAGUUGUAAUCCAGAAAUGAUGAAGAAUGCAACUGACCUGUACUUUUCACUCCUGCAAGGUUUUAUCCUUUCACUGGAUAACUCUUCCCAGGAGUGCAAGUUGAGAUACAUUCAGAAUUUCAAGUGGACAGACACGUUACAAGGACAAGUCCCAAGUGCCCAGCAGGAUGCAGUGUUUGAACUGGUUUCUAUGGGAUUUAAUGUAGCUCUGUGGUACACAAAAUAUGCAUCAAGACUCGCUGGAAAAGAAGAUAUAACAGAAGAUGAAGCAAAGGAUGUUCACAGAAGCCUGAAGAUAGCAGCUGGGAUUUUUAAACACCUGAAGGAAAGUCACAUUCCAAAAUUGAUUACACCUGUUGAAAAGGGAAGAGAUUUAGAAGCUCGACUUAUAGACUCUUACAUCAUACAGUGCCAAGCUGAAGCUCAAGAAGUGACAAUUGCUCGGGCUAUUGAGCUGAAACAUAAUCCAGGACUAAUAGCUGCUCUUGCUUAUGAAACAGCUAACUUCUACCAAAAAACUGAUCAGACAUUAUCUAGUUUGGAUCCGACCUAUGCAGGAAAAUGGAGGAAGUACUUAAACUUGAAGAGCUGCUUCUAUAUGGCCUACGCAUACUGUUACCAUGGCCAAACAUUACUGGCGAGUGAUAAAUGUGGGGAAGCAAUCAGAUCUCUGCAGGAAUCAGAAAAAUUUUUUUCCAAGGCUGAAGCAUUGUGCAAAGAAUAUGGAGAAACCAAAGGACCUGGGACUACUGCCAAACCUUCUGGACAUCUCUUCUUUAGGAAAUUAGGAAGUUUGAUUAAGACAACACUAGAAAAGUGCCAGAGAGAGAAUGGAUUUAUCUAUUUUCAGAAGGUGCCAGCAGAGGCUCCCCAGCUAGAACUGAAAGCAAACUAUGGCUUAGUAGAGCCUGUUCCUUUUGAGUUUCCUGCCUUGAAUGCACACUGGACUCCUGAAACACUUGCAGCAUUUGAUCUCACCAAGAGGCCGAAGGAUGACACUGCUAAACCAAAACCAGAUGAAGAAGUAAAACCUCUGAAGGAACCAGAUAUAAAGCCUCAAAAAGACAGUGGAUGCCAGAUUUCUUAAGUGCCAUGAGUGUUUCAAACUCACUUUGAAACUCUAUUAAUAGGACUCUGGGGCUUUAGUUCUGAUCUCCUUUUUUUUGAUUCUCCUUUUUAAACUUAGAAGACUAAUUUAAUUUACCUUCAUUAAUAUGUGUCUAUCUUGCUUGAGAAUGUGGUGGAUUUCUAGGAGGUUAUUUAUAUCUGAUUUAUUUUUGGUUUUAGUGGGAUAUCAUAGAAUGAGUGGGCUUAAAUGUUCCUGUUGUGCCUCUAGAAAGUUUCUUUUUGUGGGUUUAGUUUUACCCACAAAUAGCACAGGAAGUAUCAUGAUUGUAAUGCUAGAGGAUUUUUCCAUUACAUUAUAUGCUAUGUAAUGUUAAAUUCUGCAAACAUAGGUUUGCAUGAACAGUUAUAUUUAUUCAAGUUUUGUCAUUCAGGCUUAGCACCCUGUCAUAUUCCAAUUCACGUAAUUGUAGUGAGCAAAGAAAAUCUGGGUUUGUUUUAUAACACCCCUGUGGUAUUUCAGAGGACUUUCACAGUUCUUGGAAAACCUUAAGUUCUGCAUAACUGGAGCACAAUUUGUAUUCUGAAACUAUUAGCCUCUGUUCUUUCCUCUAUAGAAUAGGGUUCUUGUAUCAGAAUUUGUAGUAAGGUACUUUAGCUUGUCUGUCCUUUAAUUAAAAUCCUUUAAUAUCCAAGUGUAUCUGAAAGUGAUGCAGCAAGUAAUAGGAAAAUGCUUAAAAGUAAUGCAUCACUGUGUCAUUAAUUCAAAGUUUUUGAAUCCUGAAAGAUUUGGUAAGUUUGAAAGCUGCAGACAGUUAAAAUCUCUUGGCACUGGAAUUCAGGGAGUUGUCAUGUGUAAGGUAAUGGAAUUGUAACUGAGUUGCUGUGCUUCCAUCUGGGUAGUGUCUGUAAGAAGCUGUCAGGAGAACAGGGAGGAAAGAUGAGCUGAAGAGUUGAUGGCACAACUGGGAAACCAAGCUCUAGAUUCCCUUUAUGCCCUGCGUCAAUAGUGAUACUACUCAGCUUUUGCAGUAUUGCACUGAAAUCAGCUCCUUAGGAAGAAAACUUGCCAAAAGCCAAGCCCAAUCAAGACUGAGAAAGAAAGUAUUUUGUAGAACUUGCUGCUUCCAUUUUUGCCUCCUGUGGAGCAUUCUUUAGUGCUGAGCACUGCAAAACACCCGUGACAGCAAAACCAUAGCUUUCUGAUUUGCUGCAAGGGCAAAGGAAUAUGAUGCAUGUGUUGGUGUGAGAGCCUUGCAAUCCCUGGUGCCUGUUGCUGCAUUUCACUUUACCUGAGAAAGAAACUGAACAGCCUGACAACGUUCACUGUUUCAACAAACAUGAUGGCAUAUGCACUUAUCGCUAUGUACACUGUAAACACAUUCCUCCCUUUGUUCUCUUUGGAUUUGUCUUCCACUGUGGUUUAAUUCAGUGCUUUUGCUUGAAGUCUUUCAUGGGGCUCAGAGUCACUUAGCUUAGAGGGCUGGUGUGUAGCUCCUUGAAGGCCUGUGGAACAAAAGCUUUUGAGGAGGUUAAUAGGAAACUCAAGACUCUUCCUGUGACACUGGACCAAACUACGGAAUUUGUUACUGCAAAAGGCAGAGGCUUUUUAAUGCUGGCAGUCCUGGGUGAAUCAAAUGCAGAAUUCAUUGCUUCCUGUGGUGGAUUUUUCUUUCUGCCAGUUCUGCACAUAAAAAUAAGUGUAAAAUGAGCUGAAUUUCUUUGGAAGAAGUUUCUGUUCUGUAAGGGCCUAUGUGAUUAGAGAAUAAUGAGUAUCAAGAAGAAUAUUUAUCUAAAAUUGAUCCAUUUCUUCUGGUGUUGCACUGGGGCCUGGGGUAUGUUUUAUGAAGAAUUACUCGGAUCUCUUCAUAACUUGAUCAAGUGACUCAUUUGACUUCUUGCAUUGUUAAAAGACCAGCGCAGGUUUUGCCAGAAUGGAACAUGGGGCUACUUUGCUUGUACAGAUGUUAAUUCUAAAAAUGUAUUACAUCUGUAGUCAUGUACAUUUGCUUAUCCUGCCGCCUUUCAGGAUCAACAUGCAGUUAACUCAGUUUGAUAAUCAUGAUUUUUUUUUUAGUUACUGAUCUCUGUUUGUGUUAAUUCGUGCAUGUCUCAACUUAAUUACUUUUCUUUCUGUGCAGACUAGAUUCCUUUUUCCUUCCUCCCCUCAUUUUCCCUUCCAUCUGCUACACGCCAUGGCACAGACUUGCCUGUGUUUGCUAAUGCAUGUGUAGGUCCUGGGACUCAUUUCUUGUUGAGGCUUUUACCCAUGGGUGUAUUCCUGUAUAGGAAUAUCUUAAAAUUAACAGAUCAUGACUAAAUCAUUCCCAAACAACUUGGUAGGAAAGAUUAUUUUAUGGAUUGGAAUCCUUUGGAUGCUUUCUCAAACCGAGUGGUUUGUCUGGAUCAAGUUCACUUUAAAUAGUUUGGGGCAUAACCAAGUGAAUUGUGUCAGAUGGUGACAUUACUUAAGCCUAGCUGUGUAACCUCUUAUGCCAUAGCUGUUUCAGUAAAUAUGAUGUAGUAGUUUAAAAAUAGACUAAUGGAACAAACUAAUUCACUUAGCAUGUGUUGCUUUUCAAGACAAACUUUGUUUACUUGUAGCUAAAAUCCUAUGGCAAACACUGGAUGCCCAAAAAAUAAGAAACUGGUGACUGUUUAGUUUGCAAUGCAUAGAGAGCUGUGAGCCAAUGAGCAGUUUUCUGUUUUGGUUUUGUUGGGUAGUAGGAAGAAUUAUUGUAAAUAGGAUGUAGAUUAACUGUCCAAUGUGCUUAAGAAUAAGGAUGAAUGGACUGGAAGUUUCAGGUAAUCUGGAAACCUAGCAGCCAUGCUCCUUCUAGUAUAGUUCCCUUUAGUAAUUUUUACAAAUGAGGUAUUUUGAAUGGUGACUUUUUAAUACUCUAAUGCCGCAAGAGCCUGUUUCUGUGGCCUCUCUCUGGUUUUAGAGGCUCUUGUGGCUAAACCUGCAAAUCUCUUUGGUGUAAAUAGUCUUUAAAAAUUUGUGCCCAGUCUGAAGUAGGACAAAACUGCAGCUGAAUAAAAUACAGAGUGCUGGGCCCUCUGUUUUGUGCUUUAAAAAUAAAAAGUGAUUGUCUUUAAUCUAAUAUAAAACAAACCAUUAAGCUCUUUGUAAGAUUUCUAUUUAAAUACCUUCCUCCAUGUAUUUAAAUACAUUCCUUCCUUGUUUCGUGUUCCUGGGUUUACAGUAGUUAAACUCCAUCCAGCAUGUGACACACCUACAACUGAGGGACUAAGCCUGGCCCUUGGAUGCUGAUGUCUGCCUCCCACUGGAUUUGGUAGAGGAAUUUUGCCUGUCAGCCUAAGGAUGGCGUUUGGUCACUUAGAUGUUCAGCAUGGAUAUGUGGUGUGUCUGUAAUGACGGUAGUGGUUUGUACUCUAAGCAGGAAAAUGGAUCCCUGUAUCUGUGUAGAAUAUAGACAACUUUGCACUUUAGAAAUUUCUUGUCUUGCAACUUUGGUACAAUACAAUAUGGUUGUAAAUACUCCUUCCUGGCAUUUUAGUUUUGUUGCACUGAUCUCAGUACUGUGCUAUCAGUAAGGUUAUAAUGGGAAGCAUUACUAAAAUGUAUUUUUAAUUGUCUAUGUUGAAACAAACUCAUGAAGCAUCUCUGCCUUAAGAACAUGAGAGGAGGGAACACGAGAGGAGGCAGUAGUUCAUCUAUCUUCCAUGGGAGUUCAGAGAAAUGAGAAGUUUCUGUCUGUUGGCUGCUGGGUGAUACAUUUCAUCCCAUCCCCUUGUCUAGUAUCUAAACUGAAGUUUCAGCAUUAACAUAAAUCCUGUUCAUGCCUAUUAAUUAUCCCUAAGGACAAAAAUCUGUCUCUAAAGUUCAUGACUAAAUUAUCAUAGCAGCAUAAGCUGCUUUUUUUGUGUGUGGUUUUUUUCUAUAACUGGCCCAGUUGAGUGAGGAAUAAAGUACAGGGAGUAUGACAGACAUGGAAAAGCCCCUGCAGUGUGUCCCUGUCUCCCGAUUGUGAGUUCAGUGUAAAGGCGUUUCCACAGUGACUGUUGGUUUCACUCAGACCUUUCUCUGCUGCUGAUGCUCCCAAAUUCAACCAAUGUCUCAUGGCAACCAAGGGGACCUUUGAUUAGCUUUUUAUGUAGGAAGGCCCACCUCCUUUGGUGUUGAUGCCUUCAUGGAUUACAACCUUCCUGAAGCCAUCCUGUACUCUUGAGUGAUCCCACUUCAACGGAAUCAGCUUUGAUAACAUUGACCGAGCAGCCUUAUUUUGUGAAGACAGUCACCAUGCAAUCUUAAGCUUCAUAGUUUGAAAGUUUGUAUAUAACCACGAACUUCAGAAUAUCAUUUAAAAUAAACAAUCUUAAAGUA